UACUACGACGUAUUUCUUUUUUAACAUAAGAUGCAUAUAUAAGUUGGUUUUCACAGAUAUCAUCAAAACCUGCGGACAGAACCUGAUAAACGUCAGUGCCGCUUCUCUUGAUUUCUAUACAGAUAAUCUCCAUACAGAUUGCCAUUGUUCGUUGAAAGGUAGUCGGAAUGGACACAUUCAAUUUCAACUCCUGUCGGUUCCAAACCAGGAGAAUUGUUUUAGCGAAAUUAAUAUUCGAACUGCACCCAUUUUGGGAGGAUCACUCAAUUAUUAUAACUGUGAAUUGACGAGUGGAAAAAUAAACGUACAGGGGGAUAGUGACGUCAUGUUGAUAUGGUUUUCGCAUUCCCGUAACAGUACACCAGUCAAGAAUAGAUUUUUCUACUGGCUUAAUAUCUCAAGUAUCGACACACCAUUCCUUCUGAUUGGGAUUCUUUGCGGAACAUUUCUCCUUGUUUCUGUGGCGAUUGUUAUUGUUAUUGUCGUCCUACGUCGCCGAAGGGCCAGACGGACCACCAUACACACAACACAGGGAACGGCUCAGUCAAACGAUGCAGAAAAGACUAAUAAUCCUGAAGCAACAGAAGACGAAACAGGAGAGGAAACGGGGCUAAAAGAAAACUCUUUGUAUCAAUCCGCAGAUAACUCUCAUUAUACAUACAUUGACUGUAACGACAUCACUAGAGGUGAUAACACUGUUGCCAGUGUGUAUGAAUAAAUCUAUGUUGUGUAUUAUAUAUAUGUAUUUACUGUGAAAGGAUUAACAAAAAUCAUGCCAUUUAUUGAUGUUAGCGAGGCAGUAGAAGUACUCUACAUUGUGUAGAGCAAACUUCAAUCACUAAUGAUGCCUUCUCCCAAUGGCCUUGAACUUCCUAGAAUAUGUGAGGAUUGUGAUCCGGCAAAAUAUUAUGAAAAAAUUUGUUUUCUACUUCAAGAAUCAGCUUUAGGGAAAUAUCGCACAAAAACAUUAGUACCAAACAAGGAAGAGCAUGUUAUGAAUGAUCACACGACAGAUGCAGGAUUAGUGACGUACGUCGACAUACAGACAGAGAUAUCGGGAGGUCACCUGAAUGACUCAGGUGACCUAGAACAUACCAAUAAAGGUCACCAAAACGCGUCAAAAAGCAGAAAACCGUGACCUCAGCCUGGUCUUUGCUUAGAUUGCCCGCAUAUGCUUCUGCGAUAAACAUAUUAAAUAGAUCAAGUGGCCUUAUCAUUCACACUUUCAUGCGGUGGUUGUGAAUCACUGGCGAAAGGUCGGCGAGUUACACAGCAUGCACUCAUAGCAUGUUAUGAAUGAUCACACGACAAAUCUUUGAAACAUUAUAACUAUAUAUCAAGUACAUUAAGAAUACAUGGUAUGUCAGGAAUUAUAUAAAAUACUAACAAGUACUUGCCCAUCUUAAAAUAUUCUCUUUUUCUUUUGCAAUUACAUCAAAUUGCACAAUGUGGAUAGGUCAGCUUAUCAUUAGUUUAUAUUGCAAGUUGGUGAGUGUUUUGAUUCGCCUUGAUGAUGGACUUCCUUAAAACUGCUAGAUGUCGUUUGUAGGUGAUGACUUAUUGCUAAGAAGGAAAAUGAA